CUCCUCCUCUCUCCAAGUCUCUCCCAUAACAUAUAAGGCAAACAACAUAAACACAACACCCUUCACACUCACACCCCCCUUUGCCUUUAAACAAUUUCCACAAAGAUUUGUCGGUGAAUUUGGAUUUUCUGAUUUUUUUUCUUUUAUCACCCAUCUUUUUUUAUUAAAAAUAAAAAAACAAAAAUCACCAUUAACGUGUAAGAUUACCCAGAUGACUCUCCCCCUCUUUUCAUACCUGGCUACAGCAUUAAACCCAUAUCUUCCCCAAUCUGUUCUGCCAUGAAAGCUCGCUGAUUUUGGACUUGGGUUUCUAUAACACAGCUACUUUUUCUCCUUCUAGAGAGGGAAGAGAAGGGGGAAGUGGGUGUUUGGGAAUCUUCGGUAAUUGGUCGAUUUUUUUUUUAAGCGAUGGAAAAUGGAGUGGAAAAGGCGAUGGCCACGAGGAAGCGAGGAGAUGGAACGGUGGACGGCGACAGACAGUACAAGGGGAUAAGGAUGAGGAAGUGGGGCAAAUGGGUGGCUGAGAUAAGAGAGCCUAACAAACGCUCGAGGAUUUGGCUGGGUUCAUAUUCAACUCCUGUGGCUGCGGCUCGGGCCUAUGACACGGCGGUCUUCUAUUUGAGAGGGCCAUCGGCGAGGCUUAAUUUCCCGGAGUUUUUAGCAGGAGAAAGUAUCGGCGGAGUUUGCGGUGACAUGUCGGCCGCUUCGAUAAGGAAAAAAGCGACCGAGGUUGGAGCUAGAGUUGACGCUCUGGAGACGGCUUUGAGUCACCAUCACCAUCACCACCACCACCACCACCACCACCACCACCACCAUGACCACCAUCGAAGUAGCAGUAGCAGUAGCAAUAGCACUAAUAAUAACAGCAGCAGCAACAACAAAUCGGUGAUUGAUAGCUCAGAAUUCAAGUCCUUUUUCGAGCGGGUCGACUUGAACAAAGUACCCGAAGCGGAAGAUUCUGAUGUUGAAUGGGAAAGGAAUUAGGUGAACAAAAUCAACUCUCUUGCUUCCUAUUUCUUCUUCUUCUCCUUCAGUGGAGGCGACUACUGUAAUCAUAGUAGCCGCUAACAUGCGCCAAGGAGGUAUGUUAAGGUUAUGCCCGGUGAAAUGAUGAAGCAUUAAUUAAAAAAAAAAAAGAAAAACUUAUGUGGAUUAUUGGUAUUUAGCAAGUUCAUCUUUCUUAUAUUAUUAGAUUUUCUACUUGGGUUUUUUUCCCUUUCUUUUCUCCUUUUUAUAAAAUUGGGUAAGGAAAUUUUGGCCUUGUAAAAUGUAUAUUAGUUGGGUUAUUAUGAUCUAAUAUAGCUUUUGUCUCAAUUUCCAAUUUCACUAAUUUUAAGUUUUGAAGAAGAAAUGAAUACAAUACAAGAGAAAGGGACUUGGGCAGGUUUCUUUGCCUGGUAAUUUUCUAGCCCCGAGAGAGAGAGAGAGAGAGGGGAUGUUAAAAGCAGUGAGAAGCGGGAACACGGGUGGCCUACAGCCUUGCAGUUGUUGCAAAUAGCCAUGCUAACCACUAAAGUUGUAACUACUAAAGUGAUAGGAUUUGGAGUUAGGUAUUUUCUGGUUCUUCACUGUUGUUUAUUAUAGGACUUGUGGGCACCAGAAGAGAGAGAUUGCCAUCCUGGCUGGCUUGUGCAGUAUGAUUAUGAUGAUGGGGACCAACUUCAUGCCCUCCUAUGCCUAUUUUUUUUUAAUAUAAUUCUCUAUUUAACAGCUAAUUACAAAAAUUAAGCCUUAAUCAUACCCUGAUUUUACCUGCAUCUUUUUUGACUUGGUGUGUUUUCCUAUGUGUAGUCUGCAAAUUUAUGUGCCACUUUUUAGAUGAAUAGAUGGCAGAUGAGAUGACAAACAUUAGCCCACGAUUAGCGGACUAAUGAACUAACAUUUGUUUGAUGGUAUCUAGAUGGACUACCGUUCAAAUUCAGUCAGGCAAUUGUUAAGAAAAAUAAAAAAUAAAAAAUCUCUAAAGUUAGGAUGUUUGUAAUCAUCUCGGAUACUCGACAAUCAUUGCUGUUGGUUUGAGAAAACUGGGUUUCAGACGUACCAUGCUUCUGCGUUGUAUAAGGAAAUACAGACAACCUCUUAAUGUUCUGAGGCUCGUGUACAGUUCAGUUUCAGCAUAGCUAUAGAGGAUAAAAAAUGAGUCACCACUGGCAAAUUAAAGUAUUUAACAACUACCCAUAUUCAAGAACGUAGCAAGGACAACCUUUGAAUUCUAAGACAAUUAUAAGAAGCACCCAUUCUUGCUAGAAUCAUGUGUUCCAUAAGAUUACAAACUAUCUCCAAACAAUGUAUCUACAUCAGUUGUUUUCUCUUUUCUUUUUCCACUGCUUGUCCCUUCCCUUAUAUGGGAUAAUUAAAGAGGGAGGACUAGUGGCAGAAUGGAGAGAUAAACAAAAAUAAUUGGUCCCUAAUCACUUUGAUCCUGGCAAUUACUAGUAACUUAACAAUAUAAACAGCAAAAACGAGGUACAGAAUAAGCCAAAAUUGUACGUAGCCAAGCUCUUCCAACCUCUUAUCUGCUGAAGUUGAACCAGUUCAUGGAAGCAAUUGAUCCAGUUUGCCUUCCGCUCCUCAUUUUCGUUGCAGAACAUUUGGAUAUCAAGCUGUUCCUUCAAUGUCAUGCUUUAUUUGAAGGGCAGCUCUUACAACGUUUCCUCUUGUGAUAAUUCCAACCUUAAAGGGUAGGAAUAAUGGUUUAUUAAAACUACUGUUGCACAUGAGAGGUCAACAAAAAAAAAGACAUCCCUUACCAGUUUGCCCUCGGAAUCAACAACUGGAAGUCUACGAUAUUUUGUCUCCAGCAACAAUCUGAUACAAGACAAACGGACUAAGAAGUUAAUUAGGCUCCACCGUUUGGAAUGAAAGUAAACAGAUGGCAUAAAUUAAAGUAUCAAACACAACUAAUGGCAAGAGGAGAACAAAAGGGGCAUGAAAGAACCUUGCAGCAUCCUCAAGAUUAGUGGUUUCACGGACAACAACUGGGGCCGGGGUCAUUAAGUCACCAACAACCUUCCCAUUGGUUUUGCUGAGUAAAUUUUGUACCUCAUUAAAAGUCUGCAAUUAUCAUUGACGGAUCAAGUCAAAACAUCUUAUUAAGCCAUUGGGAAGUUUGAAGUCCAAACAACUAAAACCACGCCGAAUCACUUAGCGGGAUUUAGGUUGUUUCAUGUUUAAACAUUAAGGAUAAGGUAAUAAAACACAUUUUUAACUAUUUUCUUUUUGCACAACAGACUUUAACAUAACAAAAUAUGUUCUCUACAUGAAAUUUCAUUACAUCAGUUCAACAAUUUUAGAUUUUAUAGAACACAUAGAGAAGUGCUUGUGAGAGAGACUGUCUAUUUUUUUUUUUUUCUUUUCUACUCUACAAGUAGUCAUAAUUCAUUUAGAGUUCUUCAUUGAAAAAUUAGGUGGAUGAAAAUAAUGAGAUAGUUCAGAGUAGAGAAGGAAAUAUAUACAUAUUCAAGUAAUUAGAAGACAAAGACCACGUUAAGAAGGCCCUGAAAGAAAAAGUUCAACAUAGUAAGAAGGCACAUCUGUGCAAAUAAUUUUUACCAGCAGCAAAAAAUCGAGCAGGAACCAACCAGGAAAAGGAAUAAGUAGAAAAAAAGGGGCUUUCUUUGACAUCUUGAUCUGUUAUGCAAGGGUCAAUACAUCUAAGAAAACAAUGGAAGAAGAAAAAUAAUAAUCUAAGUCCCUUUCUCACUGCAGAGUGCAGAGAAAGCAAGUUUUCAGGUCAAACUUGCAAAAAGAAAAAAAGUCGAAAGGCAUUUAACUGCCAUAAAAUAAAUUUUUAUGCAGUGACCAAGCAUAAUUUGUACGCAUUACUGUUUCACAUGUAGUUUUAACUUACUUUCCAAGUGCUGUCAACCUCUGGAAACAUGCUGUUUGCAGUUCUUCCACCACCUAGAUGACAUACAGGAAAAUUCAUGCAGGUAAGAAUGUGGAAAAACGCAGCAUAUUUAAUUACCCUAUUAUGCUAAAAACUAUUAUUGAUCCAUUUUCUGCCCUAUUAUAGUGUUAAAAACCCCUAAGAUAUGUAAAAAGUUCCAUCAUGAACAAAUGCAAACUCAAGUAAAUAGAAAUGAACAAUUUGGCAAUAAUGUGACACCACCAUAUGUUAUCACUAUAAUAAUCUAAAAGUCAAUAAUUAUAAAUUUCUUUAAAACAUUAAAAACAAAAAUCUAGAAAAAAUAGUUCAAAUGCAUCCAUCAUUAAACAUCAAUUUCAAACCAUAUAUAUUAGUCAUUACCGAAAGAGGAAAGAAGAGAAGAAAAGGUCCACCGCCAAAUUUCAUAUUUUAAACAAGAAUACUAACCAUAACACAACAAGCACUA